UAUUUUAUUUUUUGUCCAUGAGCUGAAGCCUGAUCAAAAUCGUGUCUGUGCACCUUCACGGACAAAUGGCAUUUCAGCAUGUCAAAAUGGGCAGGGCCACCUGCCUAUAUAAGUCAUCGCUGAAUGGCUUAUCAUCAGAAGUUUGCUCCUUUCUUGACUCCAAAGAAGAGAAGACAAAGAAGAAGCCUUCUGCUUGUCGUGGAAGAGUCCUGCAGCAGGGUGACAACAUCCAGUGGCAUCUGUUUGAGUAAAUCCAAGUUUAAAAAAAAAAAAAAAAGCUUAUUUCUGUGAAGUUUGGUGCAAAAUGUCGAGCCCUGGGCCUGUUGGUGCUCUCUCUGAGGAUUCAAACCAUUCCAUCCGUUCGCUUGUUCAGAAAUCUCAGGAUGCCAGAGAACAGGCAUACUGUCCAUACAGCAAAUUCAGGGUUGGAGCAGCUGUCUUAACAAGUGAUGGAACUGUGUUCACUGGUUGUAAUGUAGAGAAUGCAAGCUACCCUGCUGGAUUGUGUGCUGAGAUGACUGCUAUCUCAAAAGCUGUGUCCGAAGGACACACCUCCUUCCAAGCCAUCGCAAUUGCCAGUGACCUUAAAGAUCAAUAUAUUUUUCCAUGUGGAGUCUGCAGGCAAUUUAUGAGAGAGUUUGGCUUGGAGUGGGACAUUUAUCCAACAAAAUCUGAUGGAUCUUACCAAACGAUGACACUGGAUGAGCUCCUGCCUCAUUCAUUUGGCCCUGCUGACCUGAGUGCAAGAAGAAACCAUUAGACCAGGGGUAGAAAAUUGGAAAGCCACAGCCCUGCAGUGUUUGGUUCCAAUCCUGGUCCAACACACAUACCUGUAGUUUUCAAAUAAAGCUUAAUGACUUAA